GAGAACGCCCUGGCGCCUCGGAUCAUGCCCUAUGGAACACAUUGGGCUCCAGACGCCAAGCUGAAUCGGUAGCCCCGCCGGGCCGGCAUAGGCAGGCGACUCCUCACGGCAGAGCAACAGGGCAGAGCAGGGGAACAGACAGUUUAUUGUAGCGCGUUCGGAUCUCGGACCAUGUCGAGCCGGGCUCGCUUCAUCACCUCGCGCCAUUCCCAGAGCCCACGACAUCUCUCUGCGAUCGUUCGCUUCUUCCAUGGACGUCUCAAACUGCGCGCAACAUGGUCGGGGUCCCUGGUAGAUCCAAGGGCUGCAGCACCUGUCGGCGGAGAAAGAAAGGGUGCGAUCGCCGUCUUCCGAGUUGCUCCCAGUGUCUCAGGCUCGGGCUGCCCUGCGGAGGCUACUCGCGCGAUUUGGUUUGGGUCACCAACGUGCCGGAGCGCGGCGUGGCCCUGGGCCCCGAAUCCCAACAUGAACUCAGGGGUCAACCCGCACACGAGGGGAGCAAAGACGACGAGCCAUGGGUCGUGAGGUAUUCUCGGCCAAACACGCAGCAGGUCGGUGCCCCGGGGCCGUUGUUUCUAAGACGACAUCGGCUGCCGACAGAAUGGGGACCUUCGAGCUGCUUAAAUUGCAGACAGAGGAGGCUGAGCUGCGAUGAAUCCUGGCCUGAGUGCUUGGCCUGCUCCCAGUCUGGACUGCCAUGCCUACAGCCUUCGUCCGCUUCGUCGGCGUCCGUGACGACUCCCAUCAGGCCAGCGUUAUCGGCUCAGAGCCUCGAGGACAGGCAGUUCUACUAUCGCUUUCUCACUGCGGCCAUUCCGACGCUGCCCCUUCGGAGCGGCCACCUGUGGGAGCAGGCCGCCACCAUGUCUCACAGCUACGAGUGUCUCGAGCACGCGAUCUUAGCGUUGGGCGCCUCGCACCUCUCGCAUAGCGGCGACGCGAACGCGGGCACACGAGCCCUACACCACCGUAUCGCGGCCAUAAAGUUGUUCAACGAGCAAAUCGGGUAUGCGCCGACCACGACGGCGGACGCAGACGCCCUGUUCGCCGCCAUCGGCUGCCUCCUCUCGCAGACUACGCUGUUGCCCGACGGAAUCGUCGAGUACAUGACCGUGACGAGGGUCGCCGGUUUCGUGGUAAACAUGGUCACGCCCAAGUUCCCGACGUCCAUCUUCCACAUCUUCACGCCGGAGCGCCAUGUCGACCUGUUACUCGGGAUGGUGUCUGAGAGAGCCAAAGAUCUGGAGAUUAUUGACUCUUUCACUGCCUCUCUUGUACUCGUAGAGGAAAUUUGCCAUAUGGAAACAGAGCGUCGUUUCUUAUCCCAACUGCGGCGUAGUAUAGACGCCUUGCCCACCUCCGCUUGGAAAGCCUGCGAAGCUUUCAUCUGGGCGCUUCUAACUCCAACAAGGUUUACCAACGAAGAAUUCACAGCGUUCUUGAGACCCGGCAACCAUGUCGGGCUGAUCCUCACCAUCCACAUGCUCCUCCUCGAGUACAUCCUGGGCCAAGCCUGCAUGGGCCCCUCGGAAGACCCCAAAGCCGAGUUUCGAAAGCUUACAGUCAUGAGAUGGACAACGGGACUUGCUAGUUCUUUGCCACCGCGUUACCAUGCGUACAUGCGAUGGCCGCUUCACUAUUGCGACAUCAUGGCCCGCCAGGACGCGCGGUCCCUGCUCAACCCCUGAGAUCGUGCACCUCCGGUCCGGGACUCGAGAGACCGAUUCGAUUACAAGGAAGGUCGAGAACUGUCAUGGCACUGACGAAACCUGGGCUCAUCUGUACGAGGGGCAACAUUGACCUCCCCCUCGCAGUUCAAAUGUUAUUUGCAUGGCCUCGUCCAUACUCUAUUCAUAUCCCCAUGUGCGAAUUAUCUCCAAGAUCCGCGACGAUAGAACUCCAACAACCACGAAACCGGCUUCGGCUCAUUGGCCGCUCGAAAGGAGCAUCGUAUCUUGCGCCGGUAGGUCUCUCAGCGGAUGCUCGUCCUAUGCCGAAUCGUUCGCCGGAAGAUCCUCGUCUUGCGCCGGUGGGUCUUCCGAGGGACCCUCAGCUUCCACCGUUUUGUGUUCUGUCUUUGUCUUUAUCUUGGGAACACAUUCGCCUUUGGAGAUUGGUUCCAUCUCCGGAGGGUAUUGGAACUCCUUGUAGUCGGUGGGAUCAAUAAAAAGCUUGUCAACCGGGCUCCACAGGAAACCAUUGUUCAAAGUAGCGACUUUGCAGCUGGGCGUCCAAUACACGACUCUGGGUCGCAACGGAGUUUCCACAAUGCGAGUCUCGGAGAAGGGCGUCUUGCCGUCGGGUAACAUUACCGGCAUGUUGAGGGAGCAGGGCGCGAGCCUCACGACGCCAUCUUUUCGGGGGCACCACUCGUUCGCGAACUUCUCAUAGGCAUCGCAAGUAUAGGACCACAGGUCGCAUACCUGGAUUUGUCCGGCGCAGUUGAUGGUUGGAUACGGUGUGCACAUGCCCUCGAUGGUCAGGUGCCACGUCAGGGUCUGUAUCUGGCAACGGUGGAACUUGGGACAUCGGUGAUUUUUCCCCUGCUGGAGUGUGACCGUCCUCAUUUUGGUAUUGGAAUGCUCCUCGCCGUACGCAAUGGAGCCGCCAAAGAACCCUACCGGGGUGAAGCCUUG